AGCGGUGUGGACGAGCUCUGACUCGGUGUAUAAAUGUUUCGUAUUACGAAGGGUGUAUUAUAAUCAUGUCGUAUGAAUCGUGAAUUUGUUUAGUAAUUAUCAUAUGAUAUAGGAUUCAUGCGAAUGUGUUGUUCAAGUAGUUGUUGUGAUUCAGAACCAUUAUUUCGUGAUAUGACUGAAUUUAUUUCAGUAUUUUUGAUGCGACAGCGAUACGUAUGAUUAUUCUUUGUUAUUGUGAUUGUGGCAUUGUUUUUGGAACAAGUGGCAGUUAGAGUAUAUCUACAGUGCAUACACACAUUCUAUGUAAUUAUGAUGAAGUUUGAGAAAAAUGCAAAUAUUCGUACUCAAAUAAAGCACCAUGUGUUAUCACUUUGAUGGUUGCUUCAACUUUACUGGACAAAAGUGAGAAAACUUGUUAUGUGCCAAAUGGAAAUAAUAACACGAGCUGCUCUCAGUCUAGCAGAGCUCUGGAGAAAUCUUACAAGGCCUAGAAAUGGAGGACAUAAUAAUCGAAACCAAACAAAUGAAUGUAAUGGUAGAAUAACAUCGGUGCAGGUUGCUGACUAUCUGCGAAAACAUCCAGAAUUUUUGGAUACAUAUAUCGUGGAUGAAAUACAGCUUGAAAAUGUCGAACGAUGGAUGAUACGGAAAACACAACGGGCACGGAAGGAAACAAACCCGAUCAACAGCAGAAAAACCAGCCUCAGUCGUUGGAAAUUUUGCGUUCACGCGGACAAAAGACAGAUGUUGCAAGAUCUGAUCCAUUCAUUACAGCUACGACCGACCAAAAUGCAUGUACUAUGGGAACUAGCUUCCUGUAUCUGUUCGGCAGUAAAUGCUGAUGGCUUUCGGCUUUAUUUAACUGAUUCAACGGAUACGACCUCGUUACAUCUUUGCUUGAGCAACAGUUUAGUUGAUGAAAAUGGUGAUCCAAAGCAUUUGAAAAUAAAGUCGGAUGCAGGUAUACCGAAUUAUGUGGCGAAAACUAGAGAACCAAUUCGGUACACCAAAGGAGACAAUGAUCAACGAUUCGCGCAAAAUGUUCUAGAUGCGAGUGAGAUGGCACAUGUAUUGUGCCAACCCGUGGUUUACCCUGACGGGUCAUUAGUAUCCGUACUGGAACUAUGGCGUCGUGAUGGUGGUUCACCUUUUCAUGAAGAGGACGAGGAAAUAGGAUGUAGCUACCUGGUCUGGGGUGGCAUUGCUAUUCAUUAUGCUCAUUUGAAUCUUGUUGGUAUGAAACAAAGGAAACUGAACGAUUUUUUGCUAGCAGUAGUUAAGUCUAUAUUUCAAGACAUGGUCAGUAUGGAUAUGCUAGUCUCGAAAAUAAUGAGCUACGCACAACGACUUGUAGAUGCUGAUCGUGCCUCGCUGUUUCUGGUAGAUUCAAAAACUAAGGAACUAUACGCAACUAUUUUCGAUGUUGGUUGUGAAGCUACAGUCCCGGAAGGAGAAAAUAACAGUGAGGCUCACAAAGAGAUUAGAUUUCCGGUUGGAACUGGCAUAGCUGGCCAUGUUGCGUUGACUGGUGACGUACUGAAUAUUACCGAUGCAUAUGCUGAUCCCAGGUUCAAUCGUUCAGUCGAUCAAAUAACGGGAUAUAAAACAGAAUCUAUUUUAUGCAUGCCAAUUUUCAUUCGAGGAAACAUCAUCGGUGUCGUUCAAAUGAUUAAUAAACAUUAUGGUUACUUCAACAAAGAAGAUGAAGAAGCAUUCGAAAUGUUCGCGGUUUACUGUGGACUAGCCUUGCAUCACGCAAAGCUCUACGAUAAAAUCCGCAGAUCGGAGCAGAAAUAUCGUGUAGCUCUUGAAGUACUGAGUUACCAUAAUACCUGUUCAGAGCAAGAAAUGGAAAAGUGCCUGGAGAUUGGCAUUCCAAAAAGUGUGCCUGAUAUUGAAAACUAUUAUUUCAGUCCGUUCCAAAUAGAUGAUUACCAAAAAGUCAUAUAUACCGUUUAUAUGUUUAAGGAUCUAUUCGGCUUGGCAAAAUUUGAUCAAAAUUGUUUGAUACGGUUUAGCUUGACUGUCAAGAAAAAUUACAGACGAGUACCAUAUCAUAACUGGACCCAUGGAUUCUCGGUAGCCAAUACCAUGUAUAGCAUUAUCAAGCAUAGCAGUUCAACAUUCCGUCCUAACGAGUGUUUAGCUUUAUUCAUUGGAUCAUUGUGUCAUGAUUUGGAUCACCGUGGUAAAAAUAACAAAUUUAUGCUAGACACUGAAUCGCCGUUAGCUGCUAUCUACAGUACAUCAACAAUGGAGCAUCAUCAUUUCAAUCAAACUGUUUCUAUUCUACAACAGGAAGGGCAUAACAUUUUCAGUAAACUGAGCAGUAAUGAGUACAAACACGUGUUGAGUCUCAUCAAACACUGUAUAUUAGCAACUGACCUCGCGCUGUUUUUCCCCAACAAACAGAAGCUUAAUAAACUAGUCGAAGAGAAGAUAUUUUCAUGGACUAUCGCCGAACAUCGUAUUCUAGUACAAUCUAUUGCGAUGACUAGUGCUGACUUGUCUGCCUCAGCCAAACCAUGGGAAGUGCAAACAGAGACUGUUGAAGUGAUAUUUCACGAGUUCUACGAACAGGGUGAUGAGGAGAAAAAAGCCGGACGGAAACCAAUUCCGAUGAUGGAUCGCGACCAGCCUGAACAGAUAGCAGCGUCACAGUUGGGCUUUAUGACAGGAAUCUGCAUACCAUGCUACACCUUACUCUAUCGUCUCAUUCCACAAACAGAACCAUUAUUAAACAUGUGCAAUGAAAAUCUGGCAAAGUGGCAGAAUAUUGCUGAUAAGCAUGAAGCAUCAAUACGGCCACAAUGAAAUAUUAGAACAAUAUGAGAAUAAAUGUUUCUGUAAGAAUAAUUAGUGACUACAACAAUGUUUUUUUUACUUUCCUCCAUAAAGUUGAGUUAUCUACAUACUUCAUAAUGUCAGAGUUAUUUAUCUAUCGAUUAUAGUAUCAAAUUCUUCAAUAAAACAUAAGUGAUUGGGCAAAUGUGUAAA